GAUUCCCCUAGUGGUUUUUCUUGUUUAUAUAUCCUUAUUUGUCAUUUUCUCCCACCUCAUUAUCUCUCCAAUAAUCAAAAGUCAUCAACAUCAUCAUUUUCCAAUAGUUGUUAGUUGUUGUUCACAAUUUCCCUUCAAAUUCAACCAUCAUCACAUAGAAAGAUAGAGAGAGAAACAAGAGGGAAGAUGGCUGAGGGUCUGCAGAAAUCAGUCUCAUCAUUCAGAAGAAGUGGGUCUUCUGGGUUGGUGUGGGAUGACAAGUUCCUCUCUGGAAUCACCGACCAGAGCCAAAACCAACAAGAGAAUGAAGGAGGAGGUGGUGCCAGAGAACAGAGACAGGGUCUGCAGAGGAGCAGAUCAGGAUCAGCUUCAGCUGGCCCAUAUCGGACGGUCAACGUUGCUCCGCCGUUGGAGGACCCACCUUCUCCGAAGGUAGCAGCUUGUUGUUUCUUUGGUGGGAAACAGAAGCCAGCUGGUGGCGGCGGAGCUGGAACGCGUAAAGCCAAUACCAAGUCAAAGAAACGAAGGUGAAGGUGAUGAUGGUGCUUCUUAAUUUGUUGAAAUUUUCCAAUAUGAAUACUAGUCUUUCAUGAACAUGUUUUGUAUCCUUGAUUGUUUCAAUUUUGUGUUUUUGAUUUGGGAUUGUUAUUUGUAAAUUCCUAGGACAUAUAUGGGUGUUUUUCUUUCUUUAUGUGUGUGAUAAGCUUGUCCAAAUUUCAUCAUAUCAUAACAGGGUUUCUUACA